GGAACCGUUUACCAGUAGCAAUUCAAAGGGACUCUGACAGACGAAAAUAUCAUACCGAGAGUUCAAGCGUACGGUUGAAGCAAACUUGUUUUAGACGUUGGUCUUUAUUCGAGUUGACUGCCAAAAUAUAACGAGACUGUCAGUAAACACACAUUCUCCACGCCGUGCGCUAGUUAAAAAGAAGUCUUAGAUAAAUAAAUAAUGGCAAAAACAAUGCAAAGGAGGCGGAGCUCCAUUAAGAGAGAAUUUAACGAAAAAGAACUUCAAGAUUUGCGAACUGCUUUUGUAAUGUUAGAUAGUAACAGCGACGGAAAAGUUACAACUGACGACCUCCAGGAAAUGUUAAAGCGCCUCGGGAUUGAAGUAAGAUCAGAAACAGUAGAGGAAUUGGUACAAAUAGCCAGCCAUUCGGGUAAAGAUAUAGAUGAAAACGAUUUUCUUGAAUUCGUAAAAAAAGUGCAAGAACUGUUACCGGAGAGGGCGGCCGAAGACGCUCAGCAAGAUCUUUUGGCUGCGUUUCAGGUUUUCGACCUGGACAACAACGGUUAUAUAACCAGAGACGAAUUGAAAAUUGCAAUGGAAAAAAUUGGUGAACCCGUAACUGAAGAACAAAUUACUCAACUCAUUACGAUGGCCGAUGUUGAUUUAGACGGCAAAAUUAAUUACGAAGAGUUUUCAAGACUAUUAAUUUAAAUAAGAACGAUUUUAGAUGUAUCGAAUGGAAACCGUCCUAUAUUAUAACUAAACACUUAAUAUGAACCAAAUUUUAACUAUAUUUAGUUGAUAUUGUUAAACUGCUAGUUCCUUAGACUGAAAGCUUUAUAAAUUGUAUUUUACAAUAUAAGAUACGAUUAAAAUAUAACUGUAUUAAUAAGA